AAAAGUUCAAGACACAGUGAAGUGAUACGGCCGGCUCGCGAGGCUUCAAACUUCACCGACACAAAUCCUCACUCUCGAUCUUGAAGCCUCGACACAGAAGGAAGUAACAGGAGAACUUCACUUUGCUCUGUGGAGAAAGGCCUCAAAGUGAUGACUUUUAUAGAAUAAUCUACUUAAAGAAAUGAGGGAAUGAAAGCAGAGCACGAGGGAAACUUCCUCCUUUUUAAGGAAAGCGACCGACGAGACAAACUGCAUGCUGCUUUUAACCCGGAAGUCCGACUGAACAGAUUAGGUAGCUAACAAGGCGAGCCGUCAUUAGAAGAGAAGCAGAACAAUGCGUAUCCACAGCAACGUGUCAGUAAAGUCAAGUUCUGAGUGCAAUGUUCCAGCAGCUGUUAGUUAAAGAAGAGGUCCCCCCUGAGUGGAGCCCCAGCCUGGACCAGGAGAACCCAGAGCUCCUCCAGAUAAAAGGGGAACAGGAAGAACUCCGGAUCUGUCCAGAGGGAGAGCAGCAUAAUGGUCUGGAGGAGGCUGAUUUAGCCAGGUUUCGAUUCACUGCGCUUCCUGUGAAGUGUGAAGAUGAAGAAGAGAGAUGUGAGUGUUCACUGCUCCAUCACAGCCAAGCGGAGGACAACAGAGAGGCAGAGCAUCCAGCCAGCAGCUCAGCUGUGCAGAUAAAAACAGAAACUGAUGGAGAUGACUGUGGAGGAUCAGAACCAGCCAGGAAGAGACAGCCAGACAGUCAUUCACAACCAAACACUGAUGAUGGAAAGACUUCAGACUCUUCUGAGACUAAAAUCCAUUACGAUGGCUGGCAAGACCCUUUGUCAGAUUCUGAACCUGAAACUGAAGACAGUGAUGAUUGGGUUGAUACCAGGUCAUCUGAGUCUGCUGUGAAUGUUCUGAAAUAUGAGGAGGCUCCUGUGAGUGAUGUGACAUCUAACACCUUAAAAUCCUUUCAGUGUAGCCAGCAAUUAACUGACAAGGGAUUUCUCCAGAGUCACAGGAAAUGUCAUUUUGGAGAAAGGUCCUCCAGCAGCUCGGAUAGUAAAAAAUGUUUUAGAGUAGAGCAAAAGGUAGGCACACAGAGCAGAGUGGACACAGGAGGGAAACCAUUUGGUUGUGAUGAAUGUGGGAAAAGAUUUACACGGAAGGACAGUUGGAGUUUACACAUGAGAGCUCACAAAGGAGAGAAACCAUUUGGAUGUGACGUGUGUGGGAAAAGAUUUACAGUGAAGGGGCAUUUGAAUUUACACAUGAGAACUCACACAGGAGAGAAACCAUUUGGAUGUGAUGUUUGUGGGAAAAGAUUUACAGUAAGGUGGAAUUUGAAGCAACACAUGAGAGUUCACACAGGAGGGAAACCAUUUGGUUGUGAUGUUUGUGGGAAAAGAUUUACAUGGCAGGAACAGUUAAAUUUACACAUGAGAGUUCACACAGGAGAGAAACCAUUUGGUUGUGGUAAUAACAAAUUUUAACCGACACCUGAAAGUCCAUAAAGAGUAGAAACCUUUCUAUUCAGUUUUUAUUGAAUGCAAAUUAAGUAAAUGUGUUGAUAAGAGCCUGAGCAGGUUUCAUUCUUUUUUAUUAGUUUCAUGUCUUUUUUUUCUUUCUCUUGUGUUUGUUGUAAAAUAUGCAAAAUAUUUCAAAUGAAUGUAACAAAGUUGUUUGUAAAUGAGAGGGAAUGAAACAGUGUUUUUAACUCAGAUUUUUAUUAUAUUAUAAUAAGAUAUAAUAUUAUAAUAUAAUAUUUGUUUGGUACUAAAACACUAUCUUUAAAAGCUCCCAUACUUUCCUCUGUAGUUUUCUUGAAAUAAGUAGUACAUGACUGUAAACUCCCAAACUAAAAGUAAUCAUUGGGAAAGUGCAUUAUUUAGUUGUCACUUUUAAUGAAACUCUUGAUGGUGUUUUUGACUUUUUUUUUUCUACAAACAAGAGAUUAACACAUUUUAAUCACUAUUAUAUUUGCCACUUUUAGCUGAUAGCACUGAUAGCUACUGAAGGAGUCCCUCCUGAUGAUAAAGAGGUCGAAGAGAUAUCCGGAAAUUCUACAAAGCAAACAUUGUGCGAUGAUAGAGUUUGUUUGUUUAUUCUGAUGGAUUUAGGUUAGGCCAACAAGAAUCUGUUUCAAUGAAAAAUAAGAUCAUGUGGAGAGUCUCUUUUAUUAGCAUCACCCUAUAUAAUUAUUACAUCACAAUUUAUUAUUAGGAAAUUAUAAACUCUUUAAAUAAAUCGUUGCUGAAACUUUUUUGGUCACAAAGUCCAAUAGGAAAUGAGCAGAGACAACAGGUAAAGACUGACUCCUGAUUUUCUAUUUGGUGUUUCUGUUACCACUGUUGUGUCUUGAUGGUAGUAAACAGUGAGCUGGCACUUACUAAUACUCUCUUUAGCACACAAACAGUGUUGUAGAGCUUCUAAAUGUCUGGAAGCAGGAUGUUACAGUUACAUCCUGCAGUUAAUGUAGUGUGCAGUGAGUAGUGUGUAAUGUGUAAUGUGUAGUGUGUAGUGUGCAGUCACCAGACUGCAGUGUGAGGCCUUUCUGAGACUGAAAAGAAAGAGGAUACAUUUGCAUAUACAAACAGAUUAGCAGGUGUUGAUACUGUUUAAAAUUCCUCAUGAGCUCAUUAAGACAGUUUUUUUUUUCACAUUAAAAACA